UUUGUUUUGCUCACAUGACACAGAGGAAGGACAGGAAGGUACAGGUGCUAAGUAGAUCAGCUGGAUCAUUCAUAUUUCCAUUGAGCUUCGUACUAUCAUGCACAGGAGAUGAGAGCAGCGCUACACUCAGGGGAAUAGAGGAAAAACAGACCCUCAAGUGCUUCAAAGGCUUCUAAGCAUGGAAACAAAUGAACCCAGACCCAACCCUCAAGGUCUGGUCUGCCAUGGUGAUGGUGGUCUGUGGAUGAAGAUGGACUCCAACCCUGUGACAGACCACACAGAGAGCCCAUUGGUGACCAGUGGUGAGAAUCCCCAAGAUGAAACAGUCCCUGCAGCGAUCACUAGGUACUACGGUUUGAUGGAUGAUGAGGGCGCAGACGAUGUCUUCCUCCCUCCUCCUCCGCCCUACAUGGCUCCUUUGCUGCCCACAGAGGGCAGCACAGAUGCUCAGGUGAAUAAUUCCAGUGUGACCCUUACAAAUGGGCCAGCUGACGCCACAGAGGCUGAAGCUAAUCCCAGUGGCUUAGACUGGCAUCACGGUGAGAAGCAGUUAAUGGCAGCACACAACGAGGUGGAUGAAGUGACAGCAAGUACUGCGCAGACGUUUAAGGAGUCUAUGGACACUGUAUCGCUGUCCAAAGACGAGGACUCCACUGUACCAAAAGAUCAGGACCAAACAUCAAUGGAGGAAACAUGUUUUGAUCCAUCCGAAAGACAAUAUCAUGAAGACACAACAGGGGACGAAGAAUCAAGUGAAGAACCUGAGGAUAUUGCAAUUUUGAGUCAGGGGCAGGAAAAGUGGAGGGAAACUAAAGCGGAGAAAGAUGAAUCUCCAAAACAGGUACCUUCAAGCAUUGAGGAAAACUCUGGGAAUGAGACGCAUUUUGACGAAGAGGGAGAAUCUGAGGACAUUUGUGGUCUUGUUGAGACAGACUCAAAACUAACCGCAGAACAUGUCGAUUGCGAAGAUGUGGAGGCAAACACCCCGACAGUGUCCAGUCGCCGUGCGAGUGAUGAUUUUGAGUCCUGCGGGCCACCAGAGCUCUACAAAUGCAACCAAAACACGAUGGACAUAGCAAUCCAUCAGCCACAGGUACCAGAGAUCCCAACAGAGGUGCCCAUUGAUGAUGAAGAGCAUGUUGAUACCAGAUCUUUGAACUAUACCCUCACAAAGCAUAACUGGGUGAGGAGGGAGAGCGGCACUAGCGAGACGCAAGUGUCCCGACACUCCAUCUCCGAAUGCUCUGUAGAGAUGCAGGAAGAUGGAAGUAAGAGAAUAGCAACUGAUAUCCAACAAGGAGAGCAACUGCUUCAACGUCUGCAAUUGUUGCAGCUGAGACAGGAUGGAUGUAUACCAGAGAGCCCUGAUACCACCCAGGAGGUUGUCCAAGAGACGAGUGAAGAGACAAAGGACGUCCUUGAGACUGAAGUAAAUGAUUUGAACGCAAGAGAAGCCAAUCUGACAGGUGGAGCUGAGAAGGAAGAGAGUAGAUUUGAGGGAGCAAAGACGAACCUGAUGGAGAAGGAAAAGAAUGAAAAGAAUGAGAGUAAAGAUGUCGAGGCAAAAGCAAGGAAGUCUUCGUCCACAAUGCCAGUUGAGACAGAGCAUCACACGAUUGCCGGAGCAGAGGCAGGAGACUCUGAUGAUGAUCAAAGUGGCAGCUGGGUACCUGCAGACUUGUCUCCGAUCGGCCCCAAUGAAACACCUUCCACCCAAAUUCCCAUUCUACCCACCUGCCACCGACUCUCAGUUGUUGAGACGUCCAAGGAGAGGCAGAUCCACGAGGACGCCCAGGGUAAGCAGAGCCUGCAGAGAGCUGGUGGUGUCUUCAAUCUCACUGAUAAUCCAGAUGUGCUAGAGAUCCCCUUCAAGACCAAUAUCUCGCUUGAGCCACUUCCAGCCAAGGAUGGCCCAGACCACCGCAGCGACUGGCAGUUCUCCGAGCAGAAAAUGAAGAAGGAGAUAAGUCAGGAGAUUCAGAGAGAGCUGGUAAUGGUCAACCAGGGGAAGAUCCCUGGGGGGUACAGCAAAGGGGAAGUCCGCCAGUUGAAGGAGAGAAAGCUGCUGUUUGAGGCUUUCCAGCAGGAUAACAUGGAGGGUCCAACAAGGCUGCGGAAACCCCCUACCUCACUGACGAAGGGUCACGUUUACCCUUCUGUGCUUGAGCGCACGCGAAGCCUAGAGAUGUUGUCACUCAAAAGUUGCCCUAUUUCCCGAGCACAUUCCCUCAGGCUGUAUAAAGAGCCUGAAAAAAGUCCUGAAAUCGCACGAUCAAUGAGCCCAACUGGUGGUUCUCGAGACAAAACGCGCUUAUCCCCCUACGCAAAACCAGACAAACUCGCACGCCUGUUCAGAAGCAUGGACUCCAUAAACACAGAUGUCUCUACAUCAACUGUGGACACUAGAGGCAAAACUAGGGAGGGAAACACAGCACAAGGAUCUCCCAUACUCAAAGGAAACCCUUUCUUCAAGUUGCGUCCAGCCCUGGCUCUGCAGCCAGAAGUAGAGAAGGACAUCCGGGAGGCCAGAGAAAGAGAGGAGGAGCUGCGCAGACAGAGAUGCACUCUGUACGGAGAGAAGAGUUGUAGUGAAGACGGAGAUAAGUCACGAUUCAAUCCAAUGCUCGUACCAGAUGUCAGAAAACAGUCCAGAGGGAAACUGGAACGGGUUUGGCCGCCGCCCUCCAAGAAAGACCAGAUGAAAUCUGAGCAGACACAGCAGGAGCCAAAGGUUCACAGAGCAGGAGGUCAGAAGGCUCCUCUGUGGCAACGCUGGGAAUCCGGCCUGAUCAACGGGAAGCCGUCAAAGGAAAAGAACUGACAUUGGCCAUCGUGAUGUCUUCAACACUACAAAUAGAAUAUCAAUGAUCUGCGACGCUAGCACUGCACAAGUCCAAGAUUAAUCAAUAUAACCAAAACCCUGAAGGUAGUUCCGACUUAAAUGCUUUCUGUCUAUUUUAACUCUGCUUUGUAUAUUUUUAAACACUAGUUUUAUUCAGCACAUAAAUAAAGCAAAAGUGUCGCUUCAUUCAUUCUCUCCAUUAUUGUUAUGUUAUGUAAACAAUACCAGUCCUUAUACUGUUUAUGGAUUUAUAAGGGGAAGCCAAAUUUCCAUAUACAGUUAAAAAAAAAAAUUGGCAUGCAUUGUUGUAAUGGUGAUGUCAUUUUGUACGCGCCUUCCUCCAUUGAUCUUUUGCUUUGAAUAAAUUAAGAAAAUAA